UUCCUCUGUGGCCGGCCCUUCCAUUCCAGGCCUUCCCGCUCUCACUGUAAAGGGCAGAAGCACAGAAACAAACACCGAGUGGUGCAGAUGCCAGGUUACAGGACUUUCUUCCUCCUGCUUGAGAAACUUCACCUAGGUCUAGAUCAGGCACUCCGAAGGCCCUAUGAACGACUGGCCGCUAGGAUCGCCGCGCACGCGCAGACGCUCUACGCCGCCUCCUCCCUCCGGUCCCCAUAACCCGGCCCCGCCCCCGACGCCGCGGCCCCGCCCCCGACGCCCGGGGCUGGGUACCGCGACCUCAAAUCGCUCCCGCUCGGCACCGGCUUCAGUCGGUGGGAGACGGUUCCCGUUGCGCUUUCCUUUGGGUCCGCUUCUGGAGCCAUGCCUUCUGCUGUGUUGACGUCUCCGCGCCUGCACCGGGUGUUCGUGGUCGGCGUGGGCAUGACCAAGUUCACGAAGCCUGGAGGUUACAAUUCAAGGGAUUAUCCUGAUAUGGCAAAGGAAGCAGGCCAGAAGGCAUUGGCAGAUGCUCAGAUCCCUUAUUCCACUGUGGAGCAGGCAUGCGUUGGCUAUGUGUACGGGGACUCCACCUGUGGGCAGAGGGCUAUCUACCACAGUUUGGGAUUGACCGGCAUUCCUAUAAUCAAUGUCAACAAUAACUGUUCCACUGGUUCAACUGCUUUGUUUAUGGCCCGGCAACUGAUUCAAGGAGGUGUGGCAGAUUGUGUAUUGGCUCUUGGGUUUGAGAAGAUGGAGAAGGGGUCCCUUCCAAUAAAAUUUGCAGAUCGGUGCAAUCCACUUGACAAACAUAUUGAUGUCUUGAUCAAUAAGUAUGGAUUGUCUGCCCACCCUAUUGCUCCACAGAUGUUUGGGUCUGCUGGAAAAGAGCAUAUGGAAAAAUAUGGAACAAAAGUUGAACACUUUGCAAAAAUUGGAUGGAAAAAUCACAAACACUCAGUUAAUAACCCGUAUUCCCAGUUCCAAGAUGAAUACAACUUAGACGAAAUAAUGAGAUCAAAAACCGUUUUCGACUUUCUGACCAUCUUGCAAUGCUGUCCCACCUCAGACGGUGCUGCGGCGGCAGUUUUGGCUAGUGAAGAAUUUGUGCACAAGUAUGGCCUGCAAGCCAAAGCUGUGGAAAUCGUGGCACAGGAGAUGAUGACCGAUUUGUCAAGCACGUUUGAAGAAAAAAGCGUUAUUAAAAUGGUUGGCUUUGAUAUGAGUAAAGAAGCUGCCAGGAGGUGCUACGAGAAAUCCGGCCUGAAACCGAGUGACAUCGAUGUGAUAGAGCUUCAUGAUUGCUUUUCCGCCAAUGAACUCCUGACUUACGAAGCACUGGGGCUCUGUCCAGAAGGGCAAGGCGGAGCACUGGUUGACAGAGGAGAUAACACGUAUGGAGGGAAGUGGGUCGUAAACCCUAGUGGGGGACUCAUUUCCAAGGGACACCCACUGGGAGCGACAGGUCUGGCUCAGUGCGCGGAGCUCUGCUGGCAGCUGAGAGGCGAAGCCGGAAAGAGGCAGGUUCCUGGGGCAAAGGUGGCUCUGCAGCACAACUUAGGCCUCGGAGGAGCUGCGGUCGUUACACUCUACAGGAUGGGUUUUCCCGAAGCUGCCAGCUCCUUCAGAGCACACCAGAUUGAGGCUGCGCCUACCAGCUCUUCAGGGGAUGGAUUCAAGGCAGAUCUUGUCUUUAAGGAGAUUGAGAAGAAGCUUGAAGAGGAAGGGGAACAGUUCGUGAAGAAAAUCGGCGGUGUUUUUGCCUUCAAAGUGAAGGAUGGCCCUGGGGGCAGAGAAGCCACCUGGGUGGUGGACGUGAAGAACGGCAAAGGAUCAGUGCUUCCCAACUCAGAUAAGAAGGCGGACUGCACUAUCACCAUGGCUGACUCGGAUUUGCUGGCUCUGAUGACUGGGAAAAUGAAUCCUCAGUCGGCCUUCUUUCAAGGUAAACUGAAAAUUGCUGGUAACAUGGCUCUGGCGAUGAAACUGCAGAACCUUCAGCUUCAGCCCGGCAAAGCCAAGCUGUGAAGAGCCCCCUCUGGCAACCUCAGAACACACGAUGAGAUGUAGAUAUCCACGUGGAUAUGUAGAUAUCCACGGCUCAUUGUCAGGGCUUAGACUGACACUUCCUGGGUAGCAUGAGGUAGAUUUGUUGCUAAGUGGGUGUGGCCAAUCGAGUUUUUCCUGAGCUGGGGGUGAAUAGGGCCUCCCAGACUGCUGCUGCUGCUGCUGCUGCUUUGAGAACUUGAGUACAACUGUGCAUGACAAAGCUACUAUGUCAAUGAUGGUUUGGGGUAAAUUCGCGUUUCAGAAUAAAAUUCAGACCGUAACCUAAA